AUGACAUUCGCCGCGUUUUGCGGCGCGUUUCUGAUUGGCUUCGGACCGGCCAUUGCCGUGAUCGCCGUUACCGUGUCGCGACAGGCGUUCCUCUCGCUCGUUACUCUCACCAGCACCUUCUAUUGGCUCAUCACCCUCCUCGCAAUCGCCUUCUUUUGGCGUCCCUUCAUCGCCCUCACUGCUCUCUCCGACUUCUUCCUCCUCCUCCUCAUCCUCUCUGCUGUCGCUGCCCAAGAGGUCUCACGACAGCUGCUCUGUCAAAUACUCUUUCGCCUAGAGCGCGGUCUGAACACCAUAGCCACUGCAAGACGCCUGCCCCCGCUCUCCCCUCUCAACACCUUCCAUCUUUCUCUCUCUUCCGGUCUGGGCCAUGGGAUCGCCCACUCGCUCUUCCUCUUCCUCAGCGUCUCCUCACCCGCCAUCGGCCCAGCAACCUUCUACUCGUGGCGCUGCCCUCAACUGCCCCUUGUGCUGCUUGCAG